GACGUUUCGCCGAGAGAUGGCAUGGUGGAUGUCGAGUUUGGACUCGGCUUCCACCAUGAAGUACAACCUGGCGGCCAGGUGGCUCUUGAGACAGUCGGGGAUAGUGCGGCAGAGGGGUGAGGAAUUUAGUCCAGAAGACCUCGCCUUUCAGCCGGCCCAGGAGUUCGUGGACCCAGAGACGGGAGAAACUUUUGAGGUUUCUCCAGCCGACCCGUUCUUCGGCUUGAACAAGCUUCUCAAAGCCCUCGAGUCUAUGAAUGGCCAGAGCACGCUGGACAAAAGAGGUGAGCUGAGGACGGCCUUUUAUAUUCAUAUGAUGCGGAAGGCCGGCGAGCGCGUCUCCGACUACAGCAGCCGCUUCAGGACUGCCAUCGCGGACCUGAAGGCCGAGGGAGUGGUGCUCCCAGACCCUGAGGUUGGAUGGUUUUAUAAAGAGAAGCUUGGUCUGGAUGGCUUGCGCAAACAAUUGUUGGAAACAGCGCUGGCCGGAGCCGAGGACUACCACCAGAUCGAAGCUGAGUGUUUGCGCCUUUUCCGUGACUUGCACACUCAGGACCCGCUCUUCCGCAAAGCCGACCGUGCGCAAGGGCGGCUGACAGUCCGCCGGAUGUUUGGCUCAGCGGCGGGCUCCUCGGCGGCUUCUUCCUCUACGGCCCCCCCGGCGUCUUCUUCCUAUGGUGGUGCUUCGAGUCGCCGGUCUACGUUGUCUUCGGUGCCUUCCUCAGCAGGUCAGCUUGGUCGUCCCCGCUUUCCCCAACGGCAGGUGCAUGCCACGGAGACGGCCGGUGAUGAGGGUGGCCUUCUUGAAGAGGAGGCAGACUUUGAAGGCGACGGGGCCCUUGACGAGCCGACGGGCGAGCACGAGGAAAGGACGCUGGAGGAGGUUUUACAGACAGAGGUGGAAAACCUGGCCGAGGAGAUUGCCCAGGCGGAGGAAGAAGGAGUUGACCCGAUGGCGCUCGAGACGCUUGAGAACGGCAUCGAGGCGAGUGCUGAGGCCUUGGUGUCGAUGAGGGAGGCUCGCGUGAAGCUGGCGGAGAUCAGGAAGGACCGCGGUUUUCGUGGUCCCCUGGCUGCUGGAGGAGCUUCUGCUGGCAAAGGCCGUGGCAAGGGCAACCCGAGCAUAGCAGCCAAGAAGGCCAGCGGGAAACAUGUUUGCUUUGACUGCGGCCUCAGCGGACACUGGGCGGGCGAUGAGGCCUGCCAGAAGCCCGGCCAGGGAUUGGGCAGGGCCAAGGGCAAGCCAGGACCGCCAAAGCAUGUCCGUUUGGUGGAGGCGAUCCCCGAGAACGAGGUGAGCCACACCGAGUCGAUCCCGCCGGCCCCGAACGAGGUUCUGACGGCACUGUCCUCGACGAGCUCUUCGGCAACCCUUUCGCUGGAUCAGGCCUUUCGGCUGUCUACGGAGCGAGCUGUGCCGGCGAGCUCGGACCGCGAAGCCUUGGCAGCACAGACGGCCGGGGCGGAUAAGUCCUUGGUCGGGGCCCUCGACUCUGCCUGCAACCGUACUUGUGCAGGGCAGAGCUGGAUCGACAACUACAUUGCCACCCUGGCCAGCGCCCCAAAGUAUAUUCAGGAGCUGGUUUUGAUCUGGAUCUCGGCGGUUGACGUGCCGAGCUUGGGGCUUCUUUUGGGCCGUGAUGUUCUCGAUGCCUUGGGCGGGGUGCUUGACUUUGCAGACCGCACCCUGCUCUGCCGAGCCUUCGAGCGCACAGCAGUUCUCACUCAACUUUCGGCCGGGCACCUUGCCCUGCCUCUGCUGCCCGAUGAUUGGCCGCAGGUGGUAAAACCUAAGUGGCGUCGCCUGGGAACGGAUGGGGUGCUAGAGACUAUGUUGUGUUGCCGAAGCUGGGCCAAGCAUCUCAUGAGAGGCCGUUCGAGUGGUGCCAGGGUUUCCAUGGAGAGUCGUGCGCACAACCACCACCUGACCGAAGCCAGUCUUGUCUUGGGCCGCACUGCUUUUGAGUAUAACUCCGUGCUGUUGACCUUGGCCCAAGAGAUGGCAAAGCCCGUGCCGAUUGCCUCAGGCGGCGACUUUCUCGACAAGGUCCUCGGCCAAUGGCGUCGGAUGAUACUUCGUGUCGUGACCAGGUGGAACUGGGCCAAAGACGGGCUAAGGUUGGCUUUGGUAAAGCGGCCCGACUUGCGCUUCUUGCCGUUUCCUUGGCCCUCGGUGUCUUCGGUGGCGCAGUGGAGAGCUCAGGCUGCCACCAUGGUGGCAAAUGGCUCUUUUCCCCACCGCUGGGUGGAGACAGCAACCUGGUCUGCGAGCACGUUGUCGGCUAUGACAUGGUUUCGGGGUCGCUUCGGGAUUCGCUUUGCCUUCCUGGAGGACCCUCUUCUUCAAGGAAUGCUGGCGGUGACUUCGAGCAAAGGCCGGGCCAGCAGAGUGCGAGCCUCGAUGUUGAAAGAGGCCCAGGAGGAAGCGGCGAAGGAGGCGGACCGAAUGGAAGCAGCGAGGUCCUUGAUCGGGCCUCGCGGUGGAUUGCCAACGCUGAAGGCCGAUUUGUUACGCCUCGCUGCUCUUCUUCACGUGGACGUGUCGGAGAAGGACAAGGUCGAGGACUUGAAGGCCAAGGUGAAACCGAUGGUCGAGCUGAUCAAGGGCAGUGGCUCCUCGACCAAGGCGGCAGCAGCUACUUCCGGAGCCGGUUCUUCGACCUUCUCCUCGAGCCCUUCGCCGUUGGCUUCAAAGACUUUUCCUCGAAGCUCUGCGCGGCUUACCUCGGCGACGGCGGCACCGACUUCCGGACCUAUGGCCUCCACGGCUCCUAUGGUUACGUUGGCCGCCGGCAACAUCGAGAACCACCGGAACGUGCCGACGGUGCCCGACUCCCAAGCCGUGACCAUGAGUGCCUUCACGUCGUUCAUGGAGACGAUGGACCGUCGGUACCAAGGCAUGCUCGAGCAGGCCAACCAGCAGCAGCAGGCCAUGCUCUCCCAGGUGCUCCAGCACGUGAUGCAGAUGCAGGGCACCACGGCCAGCCUCGACACGGAGAUGGAGGACGGCUGGGACCAAGUACCGCAGCCGCUUCCGGACGAGGAGGAGGCCGACCCGAGGAUGAACCAAGCUGGGCAACUUGUGACCCAGGCUUGGGACCGGCACCGGCGUGAGCAGCUUUUGUUGUCAUGCUCCCGUCGGCGAGUUUACGACGCGAUGCUGGCCGACCACUUUCUCGACUACAAGCGCGCGCAGCACGAGGUGUUUGUCAUGGAAAUCCCGCUGGUGGUGGCCGAGGCGGUGGGCGCCGUUGAUAAAAUCAGUCAGUGUGCCAGAGUCCGUGGGCACACCGCAGCCGGGCCGUGGACUUCCGAAGCCGGUUGGGACCUUCUCCAUCGUGACGCUCGGCUUCGUGCUCUUCGCGCUCUUCGGCACGAUCGCCCCUACUUCUUGGUGCUGACGGCCCCCACGCCUUCCUGGGUGCCCAAGGCUCGCUUGAACUACUCCAACGACCAGUUGCGCCCGCACCGUCUCGCCGACCUCACCUUGCUGAACUUCGUGGCACGCCUCGCGCGAGAACAAAUUAAGGGGGGGAGACUCUUCGUUUUUCGCCUUCCUGCGGCUUCCGCUGCGUGGCGUGCCCCCGCUCUUCGGCGACUGCGGCAGCGAGCUGGAGUUUUCUGCUUUUCCUUGGCCGGACACCGCCUUUUGACCUCAAGCCAAGCGGUGGUGAGCCAGUUCCUUGACAAGGACGCGGUGAGAGCGAGCAGUACCACAGCCAGCGGCUUUGGCAAGUACCUUGUGCAGGCUUUUGAGCGCGAGUUUGACUUUGAGUCGCGGUUGUUUGGCCGCGCGGCUGCCGAAAGCAGCUGUUACCUGACUACCUCGGUGCCUGGCUCAGUUGACCUCUGCUACGACGUCCUCUACCACGACACCCUGGCAGCAGAGGGAGCGAACCCGGCCGAACCCGAGGGGUUAGAGUUCACCAUGGAAAAGGAGGACGACUCGGAUGGCGACCUCGACCUGGAACCCUUCAAGGGCGAGAUCACCCCGGCCGUGCGGCAAGCGGUGAGGCGAGUACACGAGGCGACGGGCCACCGACCUCCAAAGCGCCUGGCUAGGGCUCUUCUUUUGUCAGGCGCCCCGGCCGCAGCAGUGCAGGCAGCCAGGGAGUUGAAGUGCGAUGUGUGUGCUGAGCGUCGUGCCCCCCGAAGCCGCCGAGUUGGAACGUUACCCCCUCCGCGCUUUGUGGGGGAACAGGUGCACAUUGAUCUUUUGGUGUUGGCCGCCCUUUUGUGA